GUUGCCAACGAGGAUGGAGGCGUCGUCGACCUGCGCGACCCGCGUCGUGGUCCGCGUGCGCCCGAUGAGCGAGAAGGAGCGGGCGAGCGGCCAGAGCCCCGUCGUGGCGCUCAAGGGCAGCUCUGUCCAGCUGCGCGCCGGCCGCCACGACAACCCGCUCGCCGAGCUGCUGCCGCCGCGCGUGUUCCAGUUUGACCGGUGCUUUGGCGACGCGCCCGAGAAGGAGGCUGUCCAAGCCGCCAUCUUUCGCGAGGUGGGCAUGGAUCUCAUUGAGAAUGCGUUCAACGGCUUCAAUUGCAGCGUCUUCGCCUAUGGCCAGACGGGCAGUGGCAAGACGUACACCAUGGUCGGCGACAAGUCGGAGCACGGCAAAGGCUUGAUCCCGCGCAUUUGCGAAGCGCUCUUUGAGCAGAUCGAAGCGCGACGCACGAAAGAGGCGGAGAACAACACGACCGAAAAGACCAUCUACUCGGUCCAGGUCAACUAUUGCGAGAUUUACAAAGAAAAGGUCAAGGACCUCUUGGACGACACUCGUGCUCGCUCGCAGCCGACGUCACCGACCUCGUACGCGGAAUCGGACGCCCGACCGCUCAAGAUCCGCGAGCACCCGGUGCACGGUCCGUUUGUUGAAGGCCUCACGAUACGCUCGGUGGGCUCGUACGCCGAGAUCCAAGACGAACUGCUCGUGGGCCAGAAGCUGCGCACUGUGGCCGCGACGCUCAUGAACCCGACGUCAUCGCGGUCGCAUGCGAUCUUUACGAUCCUGUUUACCCAAACGCGGGUGGACCCGAUCACGCUCUGUGGUCACGACAAGACAUCCAAGAUCUGCCUCGUGGACUUGGCGGGCUCCGAGCGCAGCGACACGUCCGGGACGUCCGGGGAGCGAUUGAAAGAAGCAUCGAUGAUCAACCGCAGUCUCUCGACGCUCGGGCGCGUCAUUUCGUCUCUGAGCUCGAACGAGCGCAUUCCGUACCGCGACAGCACGCUCACGUGGCUUUUGAAAGAGUCUCUUGGUGGCAACGCCAAGACGACGAUGCUAGCGAUGGUGAGCCCGUCCUCCGACAACUACGAAGAGACGCUGAGCACGUUACGGUACGCCGAGUCGGCCAAGAAGAUCAUCAACCGUGUCGUUGUCAACGAAGACAAGAACGCGGCGAUUAUUCGCCAGCUCCGGCAAGAGAUUGCAGACCUUCGUGCGCAGCUCGAGAAGCUGCCGCGUCGCCGCAGCUCCGAGGCGAGUGCGGGCCUCUUUGCGUCGCUUGCCGAGCGCGAAGGCAUGUUGUUGCAGCUCCAAAAGUCCCUCCAUGAUACGCAAAAGAUCGUGCUGCAAGGCCAACACCCGAGCUUGAUCAACCUCCAAGAAGACCUCGCAGAGAACGAACCGUUGGCGUGCACGCUCUUUCCUGGAUUGACGUUGCUCGGGAGCGAGCCACCAACGACGCCCGAGGCGUGGCAGGAGGCCGCACCGGCGUUUCUCGGCCGCAGCAGCCCGGAGGACGCGACGACGUGGCCGAUUUCACCGUUGAAAUUGGAAGUCGACGCCAACCAACUCCUUCCACUACACGCCAAGCUGCUCAACGACAAUGGUUUCCUGACGAUCGAGCCGCACCCCUCGGCCGACGUCUUUGUCAACGGGGACCGCAUCUCGAGCUUUACGCCGCUCAAGCACCGCGAUCGUGUGCACUUUGGCCGCGCCCACGAGUACCGCAUUCAUGUGCCCCUGGAAGCGGUCUUUCGGCGUAGCCCGCGCUCGCCCGAGAAGGACAACCAGAUCGACUUGAGCGGCCCAGAAGAAUGUAUCGAGGUCGACGAGACCCACGAAGAAGAGAAAGAGGAGGACGACGUCGAAGCGCCAGCAGAGUCGGGCGAAGCGCCUGUCGACGAGCUCCUGACGCUGCAGCUGCAAGCGGCACGCGUCAACCAGCUGUGCGAUGAGCUGAAUUUAGCAUAUCGCUUGGACGUCGAGACCGCGAAUGUCGUUCGACUCACCACGUCGGAUGGCAAGCCCACCGAGGUGACGUGGGAUGCCGCCACGUUUGAUGCGAGAACCAAGCUGCUCGAGCAACGCGCCCUCGGCGACACGUCGAUCACCGACGCAAGCCUCUUUGUCGGUCUUGUGGCGGCGCCGCUUGAAAGCAAGCCGAUGGCGCUGCCGCUCCCGAAGGAGGUCGCCAUCGAGAAGCCCGAUCCGUUCGCCGAGCCUCGGUCAGCGUCCGGCGUCCGGCUCUUGGGCCACGCGCGGGUCUUUCUCGGGUACGGUGUCUCGAGAGGCCUCACGAGCGCGCACACCAAGAUGCUCAAGGGCAUGGCACGGUCGAUUGCCGUGUACAACUCGGACGGCGUCCACGUCGCUUCGAUUGCGAUCGACCUGCUUUAUGAACUCAGCAAAAGCAAUGUGUCGAGCGGUCUUUUGAAAACGGCUGCGACGACGACGCUCGACAUCAAGGUCCACCUCCAAGCCAUUACGUUUGUGUCGGGUGUCGUGGCUUCGGAUGGCGUCUACGCGACCUAUCGGCUGUGGAACCAGCCCGGCAGCAGCUCGUCGCCGAAAGCGAUGCGGACAGGGUCGGGUGUCUUUAACCUGGACCAUGCGUUCACGACUCAAGUCGACUGCCCCGACGGCAAAGCUCUCGAAGACGUACUUUCCUCGGCCAACGUCCUCCUUGACGUGUGGGGCUGGGGCGACAUGGUGCCCAUUUCGCUCACUGACAAGACCAUGUACAUUGCCCGACUGCACCAGUCGGUCCUUGACGCAAUGCCCGACGAAGCGGCUACGGAAGCACUCACGAAACCUCGCCGCCGCCGCACCGUUCCUAUCGCGGCCAAACUCGACGUGUUCAUCUCGAUCGACGUCGAAGAGCGCAGUGCCGACGGCAUCUACGAGCCUGUGAUGGUCAAAGAAGACGGGACGCUGCGGCUCAAGCAAGGCCAGGCGCGCCGUAUCGUUGUCCGGGCCGUGCAAGCUGACCACCAGCACUUUUGCCUCCUUGGCAUUCCCCACGUGCGCAUCUGCAGCGAACGCACGCGGACCAAAGCGCCGCGCACCGAGUACGCUGCGGCGUCUGCUCUGGGCUCGGCCACGCUCGGCGGCUUCUUUCACAAAUACGGCGCCGAGGAUGCGAGUCUGUCCCCUGGCGCCAUGGACGACGCCAGUCAAUGGCAAGCUCUCGACUUUCGGAGCCCGUCGCAGAUUGAUCCCGAGGCACGCACCGUGUCGUGCGUCAUGAAGUGGGACGCUAAUGCCGCCGAGCGUCACUGCCACCGAGGCGAGAGGCGUAUCUUCCGCGUCGCCGUCGCGCUUGAAACGCAGAUCUCGGAGGCGUCGGUGAUUGUCGCCAAGAGCGUCACGACCAAGAUCUGUGCGUCGGCGACGUCACUCAAGCAGCUCCAGCGUCAGAUGCAGACGGCGUGGUGGGCUCGCGAAAGCUUUAGCCGAUCGCACCGCCUCGGCAAGUGGUUUGCCAUUGAAGUUGUCAAGCCCGUCGCAUCCCCGCGCGACGACGCGCCAGUCGCCAAAGCGCAUCUCGCCGAGCGCCUCUUGGACCAUUAUGGCAAAGGCAUGCAAAAACUGGACGUCGCAUUCGAUCUGGAGCGGUUCCGCCAGCAGUUUCUUGCCGAGACCGAGUCCUUGACCAUGUCCGAGGUCGACGCAACGCCAACUAACGUGUGUGCGACCAAGUCCACGUCGAGCCAUGUCGUCCAGCAGAUUCGCGGCGAGCUCUUUGUCGAGCGCCGCAACACGCCCGGGCUCCUCGUGCAUUUGACUUCGGGCACGCUUGUCGAUACGACUGAGGCGACGGCGUACAGCCCCAACGUUGCUCACGUAGUGACGCAAACGUAAAGCCUGUUAUAGAUGUAUGGUACCUCCAUAAUGUACGUCGGCAGCUAUGCCCUAUCGACUCCGAA